AUGGAAGAGGAUAAUACCAAGCUGAUAAAGAAAUACAAACAGGACCUGGAGAUGUACGAGAAGCAACUCAAACAACAAAUUCAAGAAUGUAAAGCAGCUCUCCAGCGUGGUUCACACAUACAGAUUUAUGAUACAUAUUGUGAGAUCCAUUCUCCUAUAUACAGUCUCCCUUUAAAACCUGUCCUGGGUUCUGCCAACUUCACUCCAAAUGAAAAUCCUCAAGAUCAGUUGAAAAAAGCCUUGGUAAAAGUUACCACGUCAGGUCAAGGUCAAACUUUAACUGACCAGGAUCAGUCAGUCUCUACAUCUGAUUAUCUGGGACAACCCUCUACAACACAACAGCGGUCAGAAGCAAAAGUGGAGACAGCAGUGAAAACAUACAAACUACUGCCACAGACCAAGGUAGUGGAGGAGUGGGAGUCUCCAUGUAACAUUAGGUCUAUGUGUCCCACCACUGAUGGUCAGGUGUGGACCCAGUACAGAAACAAAUUAACUCUCCUUGACAGGAAGGGUAAAGUAAUACACGAGGUCACACACAAUGUCCUGAUCAAUGCCAUCAGUCUGUCACCCUCCACACACACACUGUGGGUCUGUGAUGAUGACAAAAACAUCAUGGAGCUGGUAUCAGGGCGACUGACACACAGAUUCAGUACCAAGAAGAAACCCGAGUGUAUAUGUAUUACAGCCAGUAACUAUGUCAUUGUAGGGAUGUACAGACACAUCUCUAAAUUUACCACAGAUGGUAAAAUGGUGUGUACUUCUAUGGCUAAAGGGACUGGGAAACCAUUAGUGUGUACACCAGACAGGAUCUCUGAAUGUCCUGUCACUCAUAAUGUGGCAGUCGCUGAUUACAGUGAAAGCGAUGGUGGUUAUGGAAACCAACAUGUUGUUGUGAUGGACACUGAUUUCAAAGAACUGUUUGAAUAUAGAGGUGACAUCCCCAGUACAUAUACACAUACACCACAAACAGGAGAUGGACCGUUUACCCCCCGUGAUGUGGUGUAUGACAGUGUGGGGAACUUGAUCAUAGGGGACUGUGACAACAACAGGGUCCUUCUCAUCAGUGGAGGUGGUGAGUUCCUCAGGGUCAUACACACAGACACAGUCUAUACAUGGGCUGUAGGUAUAGACAGGGAGGAUGUGCUGUGGGCAAAGUUUGGGUUUUAUGUCAAACUAUUACAGUACAGCAGUAUGUGA